AGGGGGUUCGAGUUGUUGGCUCUGGGUCCCUGGGGAGCGGCUGCGGGGCUGAUGGUGCUGACCCGCCCGGGUUGGAUCCUGAGGAGGUGUGUGUGACUGAAGGAGUUCAGCUGCUGAGUCGCAUGCAGAACAUUUUUGACUGACCUUGUCAUCAGAAGACAGAGUUUCACACCUGCCUGCUCUAAGCAAUCUUUGGCCCUGCUGUUUCCUGCUCAGGAUGGUGACUGCCAAGGUGUGGGUUCUGAAGAAGCAUUUUGAGGGUUUCCCCAAAACCAGUGACUUUGAACUGAAACAGAUAGAGCUGCCAAAUCUAAAGGAUGGAGAGGUGCUGCUUGAAUCAGUGUUUCUCAGUGUUGAUCCUUACAUGAGACCUUAUAGUCGAAGGGACAUGAAGGAAGGGGACAUAAUGAUAGGCACACAGGUUGCCAGGAUUGUAGAAAGUAAGAAUCCUGUUUUCAAGGAGGGAGUCUUUGUAGUGGCUAGAGGUGGCUGGAGAACUCAUUUCAUCUCUGAUGGUAAAGACCUACAACUCCUUCCUUCUGGCUGGCCAGAAUCACUCCCCAAGUCUCUGGCUCUUGGAACGAUUGGCAUGCCAGGCCUCACUGCCUACUUUGGUCUGCUGAAGGUCUGCAAGAUAAAGCCAGGAGACACAGUUCUAGUUAAUGCUGCAGCUGGUGCUGUGGGCUCAGUGGUGGGGCAGCUUGCUAAAAUUGGGGGUUGCAAAGUGGUUGGCUCUGCUGGCUCAGAUGACAAGGUUGCCUAUCUGAAAAAAAUAAACUUUGAUGAAGCCUUUAAUUACAAAACUGUUCAGUCUCUGGAUGAAGCACUGCGUAAAGCCUCUCCUGAUGGCUAUGACUGUUUCUUCGACAAUGUGGGUGGGGAAUUUGCCACUGCUGCUAUCAAGCAGAUGAAGAAAUAUGGAAGGAUUGCAAUCUGUGGAGCCAUCUCUCAGUACAAUGAAUCUCUGCCUCAGAAAGGGCCUUAUGUUCAGGUUCCAAUGCUCUUCAAAGAGCUUCAAAUGGAAGGGUUUAUUGUGACCCGCUGGGACAGUCACCGGGAGGAAGGUCUGAAGGCACUGCUAAAAUGGGUUGUGGAGGGGAAAGUGAAGUACUGUGAACACGUCACUGAAGGAUUUAUGAACAUGCCAAUGGCUUUCAUUGGAAUGUUAAAGGGAGAAAAUAUUGGAAAAGCUGUUGUAAAAGUGUGAAGGGCACAUAUUCCUGGGAGACUGGCAUAGGAGAAUGUGAUUUUUUUUUUAAAGUAUUUUUAUCUUGUUAACUGAAAGGUAUGAUUCAGCCUUUUUUGCUGGACAGUUGAUGAUGAUAACUUCUGCUAAUAACUGGGCUUAUAAUUGUAAAUUCAUGGCAAUCACUUUGCUGUUGAAGAACCUGACAGUUGUUUCCCAAAGCUACACAGAAUGAGUGCCUUUAAAAUGCUGAACUUUGUCAGCAUUUUAAUUUAGAAAAUUUAGAAAUUUUGAACAGACUUAACAGUAGCCUUAACAGUAACCUUUCUGAGAAUUGGCUGGUGGAAAGCAAAAGCAAUUCCAAAAUCUUUGCCAGCUGUUGGCAAAGCUGAGGACUAAUGUUUACUCAUUGCUUUGGCCCAGAACCCAAGAGGUAUUUUUUUUAACCAGUAUUAAGGAGCAACAAACAGACUAACAACACUUGGGUGUUACCAGUUUCCUCACUGACUGGCUUUUUUUCUUUUACUCUCAUGAGGAAAUACAAAUAUGUCAGCUGUUCUGAAAUAAUAGACAAAAUAAAACCAUUAGUGAAUA